UCCUUCUCAGCCAUUAUCGAUCAUCUAAUCCACUCUCCAUCACUAAUUGAUUAUUUCACUUUGUCUGGACAUUUCCAAAUGUUUAAAUUCUGUUCAACUUUUCGAGUCUUCUGAUUAAUUAACACAUUAUUUCGUAAUAUAAUUUUGUUUGUUUGUUUUUUCAGUAUAAAAGGUAGAAAAUUGGAUUCAAGGGUAGCAGAAGACUUUCGCGGUUUUGAGAAUUCUGUUCUAAUGAACAGCUGAUGUUGUUGAUGGUCUGGGGAUGGAUAGGGGGCAGCACUGGGGGGAAUGUUGUCUUUUUCAGUGGCUGGAGUUAUGGUCUUGGAAAGAGAACAGCUCACACGUGGAUUUUACGAGUAAUAGAGUAUAGAGGUGAAGAUUGUGGAUAGAAGCUUUCAGCCUUAGCGGUUAUUUCCUUGAAAUGUUUGGAAGAAUUGUCAACGCGAGUCAUCGACACAUUUCGUUACUGUCGCGAGUGUGGAACGGCCAGUCUGGGGCACUGGCUGGUAAAAAAGCCGAGGAAAAAAUGACAGCCCUCUUAAAGAGCAAGUUUCCUAAAGCAGAAGUCAUCGAAGUCAUCGAUAUUUCAGGAGGAUGUGGAGCAAUGUUUGAGAUUAGUGUAAUAGCCCCUGAAUUCAAAGGAUUAAAUACAGUCAAGCAACAUCGGUUAAUAAAUGAAACACUGAAGGAUGAAAUAAAGGAUAUGCAUGGCAUCAGGAUCCACACAAGUCCUUCAUCCUAGUUUCACUCUUAUUUACAGUGGAAUAAGACCGACUGAGGUUCAAAAGCGACGACUGGUGCCACCGGACGUGACGCGUCUCAACUCGUCUUCGAAUCUUCAAAUAACCGGGGCGGUUUUCCUUUUUUAGCCUCCUGUCAAGUCAUUCAACGAAGAGAACCUAGUAAUCAACAACAAUUGCCCACCCCCAACCCCAGUGAUAACAAACCCCAAGUGAAAACCCAUAAUAAUCAAUUCAUCAAAUGAAUUCGAGUGAUAAAUGUUCACAGAUGUGGCCUAGUGUUAGAUGACUGUAUUUUGAG